ACAUCGAGUAGCCGUAACAAUGAAGACGUGCUUGUCUACAUACAGAUUGAUGAACUGUCAAGGAUCGAACCGAUCGAGAUCCAGGCCGCAUACAGUCUUGGGCCCGGCAAACGCCGCCAGCCGGGGCUCGUCUUCACCAGCCGAGCGGCACGUCGUUUCGGGUAUUUCAUGGUGAACACGGUGUUGAUCAGUUGUGUUCUCUGCCUGCUUGCUUUCACUGCCUUCUCUGUGCCCCCGAGUCAGAAUCGUCUACAGCUCUCACUUUUACUUCUGUUAACCACGGUCACCUUCAAGUUUGCGGCUUCACAAAAUCUGCCAAAGAUCUCCUAUCUCACUUACCUGGCAAAGAGCACUAUAAGUAUUGAGAAAGUCUUGACGGUUGGGCGAUUUUCUACUCGUACUCGUGCCGUUUCGCCAGCUCUGAAAGACGAGCCCGGCGACUUUUAUCCGCCUACAAACGGAGCACCAGACACCGGAGGCAUAAAGAGGAUUGGGAAUAAAUACGACUUGGCCCGACUUAGUCGUGAGGCCCGCGACUCGGGCCAACUAAAGGGCUUCACUGCAAAUUUAUAG